UUUGAUUUUUAACUUCUUAAUGGCGGCGACUCUUAGCUGUCAUAUUGAGUUCAACGCUAAACGUACAAUCUAGUAAUAAAUUGUAUAAUAUCCUGAAUUCUCAUAAUUUUGUUUAAAAAAACUCAUUUUGUCUGUUUUAUUGUUCAACAUGCCAAGAGCAAAACAAGCUAGUAGAUCAAAGAAAAGAGCUACACGUAACUCAAAAUCAGCUGCUGAAGAUGUUUCAGAGCCAAUGGAACAGUCUGAUAAUUGCCAGUCAGCAGAUAACUUAAAUGAUAGCCAGCAAUCACAGGAUCUAAAUGAAAGUAAAGCAUCUAGUCAGUUAAAUGACACUCAUACAUCAGAACAACUGGAUGACAGCCUUAUCUCAGAUCAACCAGCUCAGGAUUCAGAGAUGGUAGAUGAUUUGAGGGAAAAUGUUAAUGGAAAAGAUGGUAAUAACACGGAGGCUAUUGAGACCAUCAAUGAAAGCUCAAAUCCUGACACAUCGGAUAAGGCUGGAAAUAAAAGCCAAGAGUCAGAAAAUAAUGAAAAGUCUUUGCAGGAGUUGGAAAAUGCUCAGUCAAAAUCACCAGAGGAUUCUAGUGAACACAGAAUAGCCAAAAGAUUUGCUGAAGAACCUAUUAUACCAUAUAAGCCACAUGAUUUCCCAGUUGUAAAUUGCAGUUCAUUAAUUGAAAAAUGGGACUGGCACAUUAAGAUCUUUCCUGUUGAUCAAGCGGAUAUCAGAAGGAAUUCUCUCAUUUCAGCAGCUAAAGCUGCAGAAGAAACUUGGUUUCACCUUGAUAAGAAAAAAAAUGAAAUGGGUGUCUACAAUCUGUGUGCCAAAAACUACACUGAUGCUUCUGAAGUCAUGCUGAAAAUCAUGCAGACUCCUAUGACAUACAGAUAUAUUACAGUUCAGCUUACCAGACGAGAACCUAAUAAAGCUUCAGUUGACCAAACCAAAGAAACCUUUGUAGAGAGUGAAUCAUGUGAUUUACAGCAGGAACUAGACAAAUUGCCUCGAACUGAGAUUGCAGAAACAGCUGUUCUUUUGUUAGACUUCAUGUACAUUCAAAGUUUUGACAAUAAAGAAGGCAAGGAGAAGAAACGCUCACUGUUUGUGAAAUAUUUGCCAGAGGGCACUACGAAAGAGCUGCUCAAUGUGCUCUUUCCACUUGCUAAUAAUUUGGACAUCAUAAAGACCGGAAAUGGUCGUAGCGCUGGAGAUUUAAAUGUUACAGAGACCAACAAUAUCAUUGGUUAUUGCAAGUCUUAUGUUGCUAUCAAUGUCAAUGGUGCUAAGAAUAUCUUCUUAGAUUGGAAAGAAGAAAACUCUGACUAUGAUGACAACAUGCUGGAGGCAGUGGGGGAAUGUCCUUUUGAAGUUUUGCCCAAAAACAAUGAAAUACUGUAUGAGGCUGUGCCAGUGAUGGAGGAAGAUGAAAGUGUUCAAUAUCUAAAAAGAAAAAGAGACAUAGAAAUAGAGCAGCGAAGAAGCAGAAGUAGGUUUGAUCAAGGAGGGAGAUCAAAACAGGACAAGGGCAGAACUAAGCCUGACUUGCCUAGAGAGAAAUCACAAGGCAUACGCCCUCUAAUGGAAGGAUUAUCUGUCAAAAGGGAAAAGAGAAGUCGUUGGGACAAAGAUGUAGGACCUGCAUUUGCUGUGGAUGUUUUAAAAAGGCAGAUGGCUAUGAAUGAAAAGAUCCAGUCUCAGCUGGCUUUGUUGCAGUCAGCUAGUAUUGGAGCAAUACCAAGUUUGUUAGAUGUUCCAGUUGUGCCAGGUUCCAGGGGUCGAAAAGAUAGAAAAAGAGAUCGCUUUGAAAGGGAAAGAAAAAUUUCUGAAAGCAGCAAGCAGUCUGAUAAUCGGCAGAGCAGAGAGAGAAAUUUAAACAAAAGGGAUAGAAGUGGUGAGAGAAGAAAUAGUCGAGAAGAUAGGGGAGAUCACCAAGGUAGAAGUGGACGUUUUGAUACUCCCAUUCGUGGUAGUCAUUUUGGAGGGGGGAACAGGUUUGAUGAUCGUAGAGGAAGGGGAGGUAGGUUCCCUGAUGACCCUUUUAUCAACAGAGGUGGACAUUUUCCAGGGCCAGGUAGGGGUGGCCAUUUUGAUUCAUUUGGAAGAGAUGGACCCAAUGAAAGGGGAGGUAACUUUGAUGGUCCUCCACGUGGAGGCCCAUUUGAACCACCAGGAAGAAUGGAUGUACCUCCUGGAAGAGGUGGCCAUUUUGGGAGAGGAGGUGGGCGAUUUGAUGGCAAAGGAAGGGGUGGCCAGUUUGAACCCCCAGGAAGAGGUGGCCACUUUGAUUCGUCAGGAAGAGGUGGACCAUUUGAAGGACCCAGAAGAGGUGGGCAUUAUGAUUCAGCUGGGCGAGGAGGUCAUUAUGAUCCACCUGGACGGGGAGGUCAUUUUGAUUCAUCUGGAAGAGGAGGUCGUUUUGAUUCACCUGGAAGAGGUGGCCAUUUUGACUCUGCUGGUAGAGGUGGCCGUUUUGAUUCCCCUGGAAGAGGAGGUCAUUUUGAUUCAGCUGGAAGAGGAGGUCAUUUUGAUUCAGCUGGAAGAGGUGGUAGAUUUGAUAAUCAAGCAAGGGGAGGUGGUAGAUUUGAUAACCAAUCAAGGGGAGGAGGUAGAUUUGAUAAUCAAGCAAGGGUAGGAGGUAGAUUUGAUAAUCAAGGGAGAGGUGGCAGAUUUGACGGACAGGGCAGAGGAGUUGCUCGAGGUGGGGGACCUGGUGGAUUUGACAAUCGAAAUAAAGGAAAGAGUUUUGAAAAUAGGCCUAAUAAUAACUUUGGACAGCAAAACACUUAUAACCAGCCAAACCUUGGAGCAGGAGGCCAAGACUUUGGGAAUCAACAAGGCUAUAACUAUGCCAACCAGCAGACUGGAUAUGACACUCAAAAUAACUACAAUAGCACACAAACUGGCUACAAUGCACAGGUGCCAUAUAGUCAACCAAAUGCUUAUAACCAAGGCAGCUAUGGUACCCAACAGAGUACUGUGACUAACCCAGCGACGGAUUAUGCUAGUCAGCCAACAGCACAGACUAGUUACACUAACCCAGCGACGCAGCCAGUAACUUAUCCUUCACAGCCAGCCAUAUAUAGUGCCCAGCAACCUAGUUAUGACCAGACUGCAUGGGCUCAAGCCUAUGGGGUGCAGCAGCAAGCCAGCUAUACAGGGAGCACUGCUACAGGCACUGAAAGUUAUUGGGGGCAGCCCGCUGAUUACACAAAUCAGACCACAGCAACCACCACAGUAAACCAGUCACAAGACUACACACAGGCUUACACCCAGCAGGCUACUGCUACUAACCAAGCAACAAGUUACAAUUACAACAAUCAGAAUGUCACUGGUACAGAGUACACUGCUGAUCCUGCUGCAGCGUAUGCAAAUCAAGGAUAUUAUGCGACUGGACAACAAACUGCUGGUGUCACUGACACUACGUAUGGAGCUUAUAGUACUCAGGACACUUCAGCAUAUGGGACAGCUCAGUCAACGCUAACAACAGCUUACAACUUUGCUCAAUAUCCCAGCAACUCUUCAUAAAAAGUGCUGCAUGUCUUGAUGUUUGACAAGAAAAGAUGUCAAAAGUAAACUAAGCAAAUGACUUCACUCUGUUUUGAAAGAUGUAGAUUUCUUGUUUGCUUACACAUUGUUGUAGUUGUUUUUUUUUGUUUUCAUUUUUUUAAUCAUCUUGUUUUAAUUUUUUAAUGCAUUGAAGUUUUUUUUUUAAUGCCGAAAUCUCAUAAGUAUAAACAGUCAAAAUUUCUUUUAUUAAAUAUUCAAAUUUAUAAUCAUUCCAUAGAAACUAGAUGAUGUUGAAAUUGUUUUUAGAUUGCAAGUUGUAGGCCAAGACAAAACCAUUUUUUUUUGUUGAUUGAGAGCCUAGGCAAAGGAAUUGUUAAAUUUUUACAAUUACAAUUGUUACCGUUAGUCAUUUAGUGGAUUCAUCAAUGAUUAUAAAUUGCUUUUUUUUAACAUCACCAUUUCUUGUAAAUAAACUUAAGAAAUCAGUUA